CGACAUCGCGCGCAACAUCGCAUGUGCUCUCGGAAGGGAAUCCUUCCCUAAACACAUUUGUUGCUUUUCUUUAGUAUUAGUAUACGAUAGUUGCAUUUGUGAUAUAUGCGUACGUUUACUAUAGUUGUGUUUAAUGUGUUUUCGUUGUUGCUAAGUGUUAAUAUUUUGGUCAAGGGUUCAGCGUCAUGGAACGUGAUUUUUUUGGUCCAGAUGAAUUACCAGAAUCGGCGUUAAAUGAUUCCUCAACUCGUCAAAUAAAGAAACUGGAUGGAACUUCUCGUAGUGUAGCGGAUACGGCUCAGAUUAUUGAUUUGGAAGAUAGAAGUACAUAUGUCCAUGCCCAACAAAUUCCAAGUUUAGAAGACAUGGCUACUCUUGUGGCAACUUUAGAAACGUUGAAUAAUCAUUAUUGCCACUCUCAGAGCAAACCCCUAUUUUACGAUUUUCCAAGAAAUACGAACCCAGAAAUCGAUAAUUUAAUGGUACCGAACCGCAUCAAGGAAAAAAUGAAAGCACUUUGCGCUAAGAUGGAAAAAGAAGAGUAUUUUCUUAAAUGUGCUGAUAUCGAGGGGAAGCACAGGCCUAAUAUCCUGCGAUUGCGCAGUUUAUACGAUAAUGAUUCCGAUUUUCAUCUCUAUGGACUGGUUUGGGACGUGAAUGGUCACAUUGACCACAAAAAAACUAUAGAGAAAGCUUUAUCGCGUUCAAGCCAUUUGAAUGAUGGCGAUCUCAUAUUCGAAAUAAUAACCGCAUACUGUUUAGAGAAUCAUAUAAUGGAUUUUCCUCUGGAUUCUUUGAGUGAAGAGUUCACCAGAACUGUGAAAACGAGAAGCUUCGAACAUGAACUAGCAGAUUACUGGAUAAAAUAAAUAAAUAUCAUUGGUCUGCGUACGAAUACUUCUGGGAUUUUUUCAAUGAAAACGAUCAAGUGGAAGUGACCAGGAAUUUAAUUCGAAAAGGAGAAUUCGAGCUAGCGAAGGCGACUUGGGAUCGUAUCAAGUUGACCAUCGCAUGUGAGAAAUACGAACUUCUAUUUGAACAAAUCUGGAAGAAUCGAAAAUCAGAUGAAGAUGGAUAUGUGCAAUUUUUAAUUUAUUCGUGGAAGACCGCACCUCCGAACUUAAUCGAGUACAUGAUCGAGGUGAAAAAUUGUCAAAUUACGGACACGUUUUUGCAAGGAAAACCAAUGCUUGAAGAUUCCAGCAGGUGUAAAUUUCUGCAAGCUGUUUUAUCUCGAACGACGCCCGAAUUCAAACAGAAAUUUUUAUUACAAGCUGGACCAUGUUUAGCAUUGAAUCAUCCGGAAGUGCUCAUUUCAUUGACUAAUCAUUGUUUGAACGAUACUGACCGUGUAGCAGUCAAGGAAAGUUUACUUAUUGAAGCAAUGGAGUCGAGUCCACCAGCUGGAAUUAUGCACCGUUUUCGAGAUUUAUUUUUGUACUCGAGUCAUGAAGAAUUUAACAAAUUCCUCGAAUUAUUCACUUUGAAACCAACUUUACAGACACGGUUCAAGGAAUGUUUGUUACGAUCUGAAUUAAUAAUCACCAGAGUACUGUGGAGAACUGAUGAUUGGGAAAAAUUGUCCCAAUUUAUAGACGAGUUGUAUCCGAAUCGAGAAGUAGCUCGAUAUGAAAAGAGGAAUGUUGUUUUUACUUUUUUGCGGACUCACUGCACUUACCGCGAUUGUUAUCGACCAAAUGGUGAUGAAAAGUUUACCGAAAUCGAUAAUUUCUUAACUCAAGUUCUUACCCCUCGAGAAGUAAUCAUUGCCAAAGAAAAUAUAGCUAAUAGUUUUCUAGAAAUAUGUCAAUCUGGUUGGGUCAGAUCUUUGAAAAGAAUGAAUGUACUGAGAUUUGUUACGUGGUGUUAUUGCGGUGAUGAAAAAAAGAUAAAGCGAUUCAGACGUUUGCUUCCAAUUGAUAAAUUAUUUCAUGAUCUUUUGAGUGAAAUAGUUGAACGUUACGUUAAUGGCAGAGAUUCAAAGUUAUCGUUUUCUUCGUUAGACGAACUCUUACGUUGGAAAUUUUCAUCAAAAAGAAGGGAAAUGAAAAAAUUCAAAUCGCAUAAAAUAAAUGGAAUCAUGAAAAGUAAGGCAGAAAAAGACUAUUUGUGGAAAACGAACAUAUAUCCGCCUGUCGUGAAGAAGGUUAUAAAAUGGUUUUUCCAUGACGAUAGGCGUCAGAUUAGAGAAUUUGAGCAACGUUACUCAAAAACAGAUAUGAUGAAGAUUAUUCACUGGUUGCGUUUUGGAGAAGAGUCCGACGGCUGCGGAGAGUACUAUGGCCAUACCAGUUUAGAAUCAGAGGGUGGAAGGAUCCAACGCUCUUUUGUUAGAACCUACGAUGAGUCGUAUCGUGAAUGGUACUUGAAGGACUAUGAUAUUGAUGUGUUUCAUGAAUUUGACAAUCAAUGAGAGUCUCACUAGUACGACUGAUUCUUAUCAAUUUAUGGAAUUUGUAUCACCCAACCCCUUCCUAAUUUGUCCACCUUUUCAAAUACAAUGUGAUAUUAUUUUAAUACGCGUGUGUGGGUCGAAAUAUUCACAUCUCGUCUAGUUGUUUAUUUGUCAAAUUGCAUAAUAAUUUUACAAUUUUUUUUUUUUAAAUCCAAUAUAAUCUUUUAGGUAC